UGUCUACAUUGGUAUUACUAUAACUUUAGUGCAUGUGUGCCUUGGGUUGAAAAGAAACAGUAGGCUAUGUCCUGGUACAGCACAUUAACACUAAUGUCAUGUCUUUUUACUCUAGAUUCGUCUGUGAGAGCUAAGCCACAUGGCAGUUAUAGUGUCUCAGUCAGGUCAAUCAGCGUGAAUGAGCUACAGCUUUUCCAAACAUGGACUGCAUCUAUUUCAGAGUUGGAUGAUGUUUUGUGUAAAACUGUGAAAAUUCAACCAGGCAGCUACUUGGUUUACCAAAUUUCCAAGAAUGUUCACCUUCAGCCUGGCAUCCACCAGUCUGUUUAUGUGGGCCAGCAUCGUUGCAUUUUUAUCAUAACCGAGUUAUUACUUGAUGCAGUACCUGAUGUUCUACCUCAAGUGGCAGUAGUUUUGAAAAAAAUUAUAGUGAAUACAGAUGCAGUGACUACUGCAUAUUUUGCUGCCACAGAUAACCAGAAAAGAGAUGUGAAACUUCAGGUUGAAGCAGCUACUGCUGUGCGAUCAAAACCUGGUUAUGAGAUAUCAUUCUCGUUGUUGAAUCCUGACCCAAGUAGAUUUCGAGUGAGUUGGGAUAUCAGAACUGCCACUUCAGAACACUUGCAUUUGUUACUGGAUAGAUUGGCUGUCAUAGGAAAUUUUACCGUUGCUUCUCAGAUUCUUCGUUAUGUGAGCCUUGGUGUAAAUCCCAAACUAGACAGCAAAGAGAACCUGUACUACUUGACACAACAUGAUCUACCACACAUAAUCAAUCCCGUGGAGUCUAGACUUGGAACAUAUGUGUCAAGUAACCCGACCUUAGACUUUUUAGUCUAUGUACCAACUCAACAUCAGAGUCCUCUACAUAUAGUGGAUGAUAUGGGGCAUAGAGUGACUUCAAAUGCAUUUCUUAGUCCUCGUUGGGGCGGGAUAAUAAUUCACAAUGUCAACGAAAGUGGUGAUUGUGUAAUUGAAAUGGAGAAAAUCAUGCCUGUGUUUGUAUCACAGCUUCGGCAACUUCUUGGCGUACCAGAUCUGAGAUCACCUUUUCCGGAAAUACUGAUGUCUAAUCCACCAUCAUCAGGCAUUUCUGAUUGGGAAUUGGAUGGUCUUUUGCUUCAUCGUUGUAUGGAAAACAUUGCUAUGACGACAACAACAUUAACUUCGCUGAUUCAGCUAUUAGAAGAAGUAACAAACAUGGUCAUCUCUGACCAUAUCCAGGCUCAGAUUGUCAAGGCUAUAGAGUCUGUUGCUGAGUGCCAGAAUCAUUUGAAAUCAGGUCGACUCAUGGAUGCAUUUCUUUUGUCUAAGCAAGCCAUUGAAUCAUCAGAGGCCGCUUUCUUUGAUCCUUCAAUGCUGACUUUGCUGUACUUCCCAGAAGACCAAAAGUUUGCUAUCUAUGUUCCACUGUUUGUUCCUGUCAGUCUUCCAUUGUUGCUAUCAACACGUUCUGCAUUGAAGCAGCUCUUCAAGAGGAAAGAGAGGGCUGUUGAGGAUACAGAUGGCAUAGGCAACAUACAACUAGCUGAAAGUACUUGAAAACAAACUGUCACUCGACAAAAGUAGAUGUAUUUAAUUGAAUAUUGAAUGGUGCAGUUGAGCGACCCUGUAAAUAUAUUGAUAUUUCCAAGUUGUCUAUGAAAUGAAAACACCAAUACCGUAAUUAAUUUGACUGCGUUAAAUUGGUAAGGUCACUUACUGUGUAGCUGCAAACCUUUAUUGCACAGCAUUGUGGAGAAACCACGAAGAGCACAUG